AUGGUGGCUGACGACUCGUCGAACAAAUCGCCACUCGUGUCGUUGAUUGCCGGGGGCGCGGCGGGGGGUGUUGAAGCGACAAUCACUUAUCCAUUCGAAUUCGCAAAGACACGCGUGCAGCUGCACGAACAGACACCCACCCGGAACCCGUUCCUCGUCAUCAAACAUGUCAUCGAGAAGGAAGGCCCGCGGUCGCUCUACAAGGGGUGCUCGACCCUCGUGGCGGGGACGGUGGCCAAGGACGCGAUCCGGUUCAUCUCGUUCGACACCAUCAAGGCGCAGUUCAAGGACCCGGAGACCGGCACGCUGUCUCCUCUGAGAAACCUGAUGGCCGGCAUCACCGCGGGCGUCGUCGCGAGCACCUUUGCGGUGACGCCGACGGAACGGAUCAAGACGGCGCUGAUCGACGACGCACGCUCGGAGCGCAAGUUUCGCGGCCCCGUCCACGCCAUGGCGACGCUCAUCAAGGAGCACGGCGUCCUCAGGGCCCUGUAUCGCGGCUACGUCACCACCACGCUGAAGCAAGCCAGCACCACCGCCGUGCGGCUCGGCACGUACAACAUCCUCAAGGACUUUGAGCGGCUGCGCGACAUCCCCCAGACCACGCUGACCACGUUUGCCAACGGCGCCGUGGCCGGCACUAUCGUGGUCUUCGCCACGCAGCCAUUCGACACGCUGAAGACCCGUGCACAGUCCGUCCGGGGUGAGGGGGUGGUGGAGGCCUGGAACGGCGUCCUGGCCGAUUACGGCUUCCGCGGACUCUGGAGGGGCAGCACGAUGCGGUUGGGUCGGACCGUGUUGGCCGGCGGCAUCCUCUUCACCACCUAUGAGUGGAUUGCCGCGUUGAUUCAGCCGGCGUUAGAAAAGACCCCGCUCGCACCCGCCACGGCGAGAGAAUAA